AUGCGCUAUUUCUUAAAAAAACAUUUUUAUGAAGGCGCUAAUAAGCAGGGCAAGUUACUGGCAAGACAACUGAGGAAAAAAGUGCUCAACAGGUACAUCUUACAUAUAACAGAUGAAAAGGGGAAGGAUUGGUACACAUCAAAAGACAUAACAAACAGUUUUAGGCAAUAUUAUGAAUCACUAUAUAACUUGGACCAAACUAUCCCUCCACCAACAAACGCAGACAUACAAAACUAUCUGAAUCAGCUACACAUUCCCGGAAUUACCGAGGAACAGAGAGAUGACUUAGAUGCACCCUUCUCAACUGAGGAAAUUAUGCUAGCAAUUAAAUCACUAAAAAAAGGGAAGUCACCACGCCCAGAUGGCUUCGAAAUAAACUUGAAAAAAAUCACUCACAAUCCGGCCAAUGCCACUCUCAACAAGUUUACAGAGGAACUGAAGAAAUAUGGAGUCACCACCUUGGUAAGGGUCUACUGUGAUGCCACAUAUGACAAGACUCCAGUAGAGAAGGAAGGGAUACAGGUCCUGGAUUGGCCAUUUGAUGAUGGAGCUCCACCCCCAACACAGAUUGUUGAUGAUUGGUUGAAACUUUUGAAAACCAAAUUCCGUGAGGAGGCAGGAUGCUGUAUUGCUGUGCACUGUGUUGCUGGCUUGGGACGGGCCCCUGUACUAGUCGCUCUGGCACUGAUUGAAUGUGGGAUGAAGUAUGAGGAUGCUGUGCAGUUUAUCAGGCAGAAACGGAGAGGAGCAUUUAACUCUAAACAGCUGCUUUACCUUGAAAAGUACAGACCCAAGAUGCGCCUGAGAUUCAAAGAUGCCAAUGGCCACUGCUGCAUGCAGUAACUUAGAAAAUGAAAUGGCUUUAAUUUGACUCUUGCUACCAGAGGAGGGAAUCGAAGAUAAGGCAACACCCUGGAUCUCAGACAGAUUUCUCUCUCCUGCUCCUGUACCACCAGAAAGUAAACGUCUAUCAACUCCACAUCCGGCAAAAUAAAAUGGAGUUAAAACCUC